CAACGUAACUUUUAACUUUUAUUAGAAUCGUUCCUAAAAUGCAUAAAGUUUUGCAUCGUUUUGUGGGUUAACUUUAGAUGCUUUCUUAAGAUGUAUUUGAAGUUUUGAUGAUGGUGGUUGACAACCAGUAGCACGAACGACCAGCUUGUCACGUGACGUCCUUGUAUCUCUGUCAUGGACAUCUGCAAAAUGGAGAACCGUGACGCUAAAGAACCUGAGCAGCUCAGAAAGCUGUUUAUUGGAGGGCUGAGUUUUGAAACCACAGAGGAGAGUUUGCGGGCCCAUUUUGAGCAAUGGGGAACUCUCACCGAUUGUGUGGUGAUGAGGGAUCCCAACAGCAAGCGGUCAAGAGGGUUUGGCUUUGUUACAUACUCUAAUGUAAGAGAAGUUGAUGAUGCCAUGAAAGCAAGGCCUCAUAAAGUAGAUGGCCGUGUGGUUGAACCCAAGAGAGCUGUGUCCAGAGAGGACUCCAACAAACCAGGCGCACAUCUAACGGUGAAGAAGAUCUUCGUAGGUGGAAUCAAGGAGGACACUGAAGAGUACCACAUUCGGGAGUAUUUUGAAAAGUAUGGAAAGAUUGAAUGCAUUGACAUCAUGGAAGAGCGCUCGACAGGGAAGAAGAGAGGAUUCUGCUUUGUCUCCUUCGAUGAUCAUGACACUGUCGACAAAAUUGUUGCCCAGAAAUACCACAUAAUCAACUUUCACAACUGUGAAGUCAGGAAAGCUCUGUCUAAACAGGAAAUGAAUGCUAUGUCCAGCAAUCGGGGACGAAGCAGUGGAUCAGGAAAUUUCAUGGGGAGAGGAGGUAACUUUGGAGGUGGUGGUGGCAACUUUGGCCGAGGUGGCUAUGGUGGAGAACGUGGAGAUUAUGGCAAUGAUUUUGACAACGGUCCAGGAGGAAAUUAUGGUGGUGGACCAGGUUAUGGAGGUGGACGAGGAGGUUAUGGAGGUGGUGGUCCAGGAUAUAACAACCAGGGUGGAGGAUUUGGUGGAAACUGUGAUGGAGGUUAUGGAGGCAAUAGUGGAGGAUAUGGAGGUGGGGGAAAUUACAAUGACUUUGGAAAUUAUGGUGGGCAGCAGUCUAACUAUGGGCCCAUGAAAGGAAAUAAUUUUGGAGGCAGAAACUCCAGUGGACCCUACGGUGGUGGCUACGGCUCUGGUGGCAGUGGCGGGGGCUAUGGCUCACGACGAUAUUAGUCAUUUCAUGUUUUGAUGUGGAAAUGGGCAUUCUCUUCUUGCUGAAAAUCUGUAAAGACCUGAUAACAUGGAAGGUUCUGGAUGGGUAAGACUUUUUUGAAAUAUUAUCCAAGGCUGCAUAUUGUGAUUUAACAGUGCAUACAGAGUUUAAACAAGGUGUAAGACAGAAAUAUUCCAGGGUGUGGAUGAGACGGUGACAUCCAAAAUGUAUUCUUUUUGAGCAGAAUUCACCUGUUCUUUAUUCCACUUCUUGAAACCGUUAAACCUAAUUUCCACGUUUUGCUGUGCUGGUUAUUUCAGGUUAAGUUGAUAGCAAUGUAACACUUAGCAAAUUAAGAUUUGAUAUAAAGUCAGAGAAACAAAUCUUUAGAUUACUUUCUUUUCUUAGUUUGGGUUUAUCAGAUUAAUAAUGUUAGUCAUUAUUCAUGGUACAAAUGUAUGUUGCUGUCUAUACAUUCAGAAGCUGAAUAUAUUCAAUUUAUUGUAAUAUCAUUUCAGUCUCAUGAUGUCUGGAAACGUAACAAUACACAAGUGUUUUAUUUCUAAUGGAAAGUUAAAUUUACAAAUGAUCUAAAUAACUUGAAAUAUGUGGAAAUAUGUCUAUAAAAAAGGCUGCUAAUCAUCCCCGAGUUGGUUUAUGUACACUUAAGUUACAGAACUCUUAUAUUUUCUUUGCCUAAAUUGAGUAAGUAAUGUUUAUAUAUAAUGCACCUUUCACAGACACUCGUCACGAAGUGCUUCUAAGAGAAAGCAACAAAAAAAAAAAUAUAUAUA